UCGAAACAAUCAUCUGCGCUCUUCUUCCUUCUUUCUUCACUUCUCUGCGUUUUCACUUGUUUUUAAACCCUAAAUCCUGAUACCCAGAUAUUGAUAAGCUUUCAAAUCACUAAAGUUUUGUAGAGAGAGAUUGAAACCCUACUUUGCUCCGUCUUCCCUUUUCGUCUACUGUUGCUGUUUCAACUCAUCUCUGGUGCACCAAGCUUUGGUAAAGGAGCAAAAUGGCCAUGGAGAUCACCCAGUUUCUUCUGAAUGCUCAAUCAGCAGAUGCAAAUGUCAGAACUGAAGCUGAGGGUAAACUCAGGCUUUUCCAGGAACAAAAUCUACCAUCAUUUCUUCUAUCCUUAUCGUGUGAGCUCUCAAACAAUGAGAAACCAAUUGAAUCUCGUAGAUUGGCUGGUAUUGUGCUUAAGAAUUCAUUAGAUGCUAAAGACGCUACUCGGAAAGAGAAUCUUGCUAAGCAUUGGGUAUCAAUUGACAUUUCUAUCAAGGCAAAAAUUAAAGAGCUGCUAUUGAGUACUCUUGGUUCAUCUGUGCUUGAGGCUAGGCAUACUUCUGCACAAGUCAUUGCAAAAGUUGCAGCAAUUGAAAUUCCACGAAAAGAAUGGCCUGAACUCAUUGGAUCGUUACUUUCCAAUAUGACUGAUCCAAACAAGCCUGCACCCUUGAAACGUGUUACAUUGGAAACACUUGGAUACGUUUGUGAAGAGAUAUCUCACCAUGAUCUUGUCCAAGAUGAAGUCAACUCGGUUCUAACUGCCGUUGUUCAGGGCAUGAGUGUAGGAGAGUAUGGCCCUGAAGUUCGGCUUGCAGCCACCCGCGCUUUAUACAAUGCUCUGGAUUUCGCCCAGACUAACUUCGAAAAUGAAAUGGAGAGGAACUUUAUCAUGAAGGUGGUAUGUGAAACAGCCGUAGCUAAAGAGCAAGAGAUUCGACAAGCAGCUUUCGAGUGUCUAGUUUCAAUCGCUUCAACCUACUAUGAAGUUCUCGAACCCUAUAUGGAAACCAUCUUUCAACUCACGUCAAAUGCAGUAAAAGGAGAUGAAGAAGCUGUUGGAUUACAAGCAAUUGAGUUUUGGAGCUCAAUCUGCGAUGAAGAGAUUGAACUUCAGGAAUACGAAGGAUUCGAAAGUGUUAAUUCUACCCCAGCUCACUCAUGCUUCAUUGAGAAAUCCCUUCCUGUUCUUGUUCCCAUGCUGCUUGAGACAUUGUUGAAACAGGAUGAAGAUCAAGACCAAGAUGACACCAUUUGGAACGUGUCCAUGGCUGGUGGGACAUGUCUCGGUCUUGUCGCGAGAACUGUCGGUGAUCGGAUAGUAUCUCUUGUAAUGCCGUUUGUGGAGGCUAAUAUAUUGAAGACCGAUUGGAGGGCUCGUGAGGCAGCUACUUACGCGUUCGGUUCGAUCCUCGAAGGGCCGAGCGUAGAGAAGCUUACUCCGAUGGUUAAUUCCGGUUUGGAAUUCCUUCUUAAUGCAAUGAAGGAUGGUAACAGCCAUGUGAAGGACACAACUGCUUGGACCCUUAGCAGGAUUUUCGAGCUAUUGCAUAACCCAUCGUCUGAAUUCUCCUUGAUUUCUCCGGCGAAUCUCCAGCGAAUUCUCAUGGUUUUGUUGGAGAGUACGAAAGACGCUCCCCAUAUUGCUGGCAAGGUCUGCAGUGCCAUUUAUUUCCUUGCUCAAGGUUACGAAGACGAUGAUGCUAGCUCUUCGGUUCUUACGCCUUACCUACCUGAUAUCAUAACAUGUCUUAUCGCAACUGCCGAUCGGCCAGAUGGAAACGAGUCUAAGCUGAGGAUUUCUGCGUACGAAACAUUGAAUGAGGUGGUCAGAAGCGCGAAACUCCCAGAAACUGCCCAGAUUAUUACGCAACUACUGCCCGUCGUUAUGAAUAAACUCGGGCAGACCGUCGAAUUCCAAAUUAUAUCGUCAGACGAUAUUGAAAAGCGAGGUGAUUUGCAGGCCCUUCUUUGCGGAGUUCUCCAGGUCAUUAUACAGAAACUCAGCAGUGCUGAAGAAACCAAACAAGUCAUUCUUCAGGCUGCUGACCAGAUUAUGCUGUUGUUCCUUAAGGUUUUCUCUUGCCGGAGCUCUACAGUUCAUGAAGAAGCAAUGCUGGCUAUUGGGGCAUUGGCUUAUGCGGUUGGACAUGAAUUUGGAAAGUACAUGUCUGAGUUUUACAAAUAUCUGGAAAUGGGUUUGCAGAAUUUUGAGGAGUACCAGGUUUGUGCUGUUUCGGUUGGGGUUGUGGGUGAUAUUUGCCGUGCAUUGGAUGAUAAGGUAUUGCCGUAUUGCGAUGGAAUGAUGACUCAUCUUCUUAAGGAUCUUUCGAGCAACGAAUUGCAUCGUUCUGUGAAGCCGGCUAUAUUUUCUUGUUUUGGGGAUGUUGCUCUUGCGAUUGGAGAACAUUUUGAGAAGUAUAUUGGUUAUGCCAUACCUAUGAUGCAGGGUGCUGCUCAGAUAUGUGCGCAGAUUGAUGAUAGUGAUGAGGAAAUGGUGGAAUAUGGUAACCAACUUAGACGAAGCAUCUUUGAAGCUUAUUCAGGAAUUCUUCAGGGUUUUAAGAGUGCCAAACCAGACCUUAUGACGCCUCAUGCCACUCAUAUUCUUCAAUUUGUGGAAUUAGUUUCCAAAGAUAUGAGAAGGGAUGAAUAUGUUACAAGGGCAGCAGUUGCAGUUCUGGGUGAUUUGGCUGAUGCAUUUCGUUCAAAUGCUAAGAUACUGUUUAAAGAUCACUCAUUCUAUAAUAUGUUCCUAGAGGAGUGUCUUGAAUCUGAUGAUGAACAGCUUAAGGAAACAGCGGCAUGGACUCAAGGGAUGAUUGUAGCGGCCUUCUCUCUAUGAGGUUAGAAGUUUUUUGUUUUAUUUUUUUCUUCGUUUUAAGGGACGUUGUUGGCCACCUACAAAGAUAUGUGGAUCCUUAAAAAAGGGUUGAGUUUUUCGUAUUUUUUUUAUUUUUAUUUUUUUAGGCUUCGGCUAGUUUUAUCAAAGUCUCUAAUUAGACACAGGUGGUCUGUCGGGAACUUGUACGAACACGAUCCAUUUUAUGCAUGUCGCAUGUGGUUAUUUGUGUUUGUUUCUAGAUACCUUUGUGUUUUUUUUUGGUUUCUUAUGCCAUUAAGGACCUAGAAUCAUGUGUUUGACAAUGGCAAUUUUGUGAAUGUACAAUGAAAGUGCAGCAAUCUUUGAAUCA